GAUAGAUCGGAGCGCGUGCACGCGUGUGUGUAUUUUCUGAUGGAGAAAUCGAAGAGUUUUCGUAUCGAUGCGCUGCUCGCGCCGCGCGCCGGGACCGACCCGCCGUCGCCGCCGCCGCCCAUGCGCGCGCACCACGCCGCCUUCCUGGAUGCGCCUCCACCGGGGCUCGCGGGGCUGACAGGGGUGCGCGCGCACGGCGGUGGUGCAGCGAGCGUGUUCGGGCACGCGGGAUUCGGUUACCCCGCGCUGGGGCAGAUGGGGGCGGUGGGGCAGCACGCGGCGCUUUCUUACCCGCACGCGUACCCCGCGGACGCGCUGAAGCUGAGCGCGAGCUCCCUGCAGCUGGAGCAGUGGCUGCGCAUCAACACCGCGAGCAUCAAACUGGCCGAGCUGCACUCUCAGCCUCAGUCUAAUCUGUUGGGGAAGUGUCGUCGGCCAAGAACAGCCUUUACCAGUCAGCAGCUGCUGGAGCUUGAGCACCAGUUUAAACUCAACAAAUACCUGUCCCGCCCCAAACGCUUCGAGGUGGCCACCGCACUGAUGCUGACCGAGACACAGGUGAAGAUCUGGUUCCAGAACAGGCGCAUGAAGUGGAAGCGCAGUAAGAAGGCUAAGGAACAGGCGGCUCAAGAGGACAAGCAGAAAGGCUCUAAAGGGGCGGAGGAGACCAGCGGUGGAUCUGCAGGAAGCGGACCUGAGAGAGACCACCAGAAAGCAGAGACCACCAAAAGCAACAGAAUCCGGGACUUUAGAGACAGUGACGCGGAGGAUGGAGAUUCCUACGUGUACAACUCUUCCGAUUGCUCAUCCGAGGACGAGCGCGCUCACACCGACACGAGCCCGAGACCCUGAGAUAAUAGAACACGCCCCCCUCUAUACACCAACUGCAUGACCACGCCCCAACACACACACCACGCCCCCCAAACCCACAACUCCCAAUCCGGACUGGCCGCAGGGUCAGGGUCAGCCAGGUAAAGGCUGCGCUCCAGUCUGCGCGUGCAGAUCCAUGAUGUUCUAAAAUUCGAAUUGAUCUCAGUUUUUUAUCUGAAUGAUCUGAUAUAAAGAACGUUAAUACUUUAUUUUUUAAUGUUCAGAAAAAGAGCGCGAGUGUUCUAAAUAGAAAAAAUAAUAAUUUGGGCAUUUUUAGUCACUAAAUUAAUACAGUGUUGCGUGUUAGAAUACAGUUUUUGAAUAAAGUAAUUUAAGCGUUUAAUAUUGUAUUAACGUCAAAACUUUACACAGCCAGUAAUCACACUCAGAAUAUGUGAUAAAAUUGUGCACUUAGCUAAACAUGUAAUAAAUCUUACAUGUAUUAAUAACAAUAAUAUGUUUUAAAUACUCUGCAGAAUACUCGCGCUCUGCUAAACUGAUGCCAGCUUAAUAAACAAUCUGAGUAUUUAAAUGGUUCAAUACUGAAAUUAAUUUUCAGAAAUGCAUAGUCUUUAUCAGUCAGUGGACAUCUUAGCGUCCGAGUGAAUGCUCAGAAUCAAAUUCUGCAACCGGUAACAAUUCGAAUUCGAAUUAAUACAGGAGCGCAGCCUGAAGCGGAAUUUAUUAACCGCUUUUCGCAACCACACAGUGAGAAAAGCUGCUGGUUAUUACGGAUAUCAAACAGGACAACAUAAACACUCUUUAAAAUCGGAUUAAACAUCGUUCUUAUAAACGAAUGUCGAUUUACAAUAGAACAUUUCAGUGAUCAGAUGUAAAUGUAAAAUUUUCCUCUAGAACAACACGUCCAAGCUCACAACCACUUUAGAACAUUUGUUUUUAAGAGUGAUGUUAGGAUGUUGUUUUACUAAAGUCCAGAAAAGCCAUGAGUUAUUGAUAUAAUAUAAUUAUCGAUAAAAUUUUAUAUUAAGAGUCCAGUUUUCUCGUUAUUGCAAAUUAUCAUCUCAAAACCCCGGUUUCUGUGAGACCUGUGAAUUGGUUAACAUUUUAUCAAAUACAUUUUAUUUUUAAAACGUAAUUAGGUUAUUCACAUUUAGUGGUAUCUUUUAGAUACAUUCCUUUUUAAAGAGAAACAGUCUUUUUAUGGUCCGUUUGAAGCACCUUUAAUUGUGUUCUAUAAAAACACUGUUUUUCCGAAAUGCAAGUUACAUUCUAUUUUCUCAAGAAAAAUCAAUAGAAAAAAUGAAUAAUGGCCAACACAGAGGAGGAGGAAAAACCUUCCUAACCUUAUGAAUUGAAGUCAAUAUAAAAAGUCAUUUUGGAGAAUUCGUGAUAAAUUGACCAAUAUAAAGAACAUUUGCAAAACUGGAAAUCGACAAAUAUGAAUCGACAAAUAUAUAUUUAUAUAAAACUCUCCCAUGGCCUUUCUGGAGUUCAGUGAUGUACGGUCAUCUCCGUUUCGCCAAAAACGUCAUAGAGUUGCAACAUUCUCUUGGUAACCACUUUGUUCUCCAGCUCAUUUUCUGAAUUUUGGUGUCGUGUUGAACAUGUCCUCCUGUCCAUAACGUGUUUCUGUGUGAAAAUGUGUUUAUUUUUCUAUAAUGUAUUUAUAAAUAAGAAUUAAGCAAAUCACUGUAUAGCUGCAUGACUGAUAAAACGGUUUAGCUUCAUAAUGGAGACGCAAAUAAACUGUUUUUUUUAA